AUGAUCAACAUCGAAAUUGAGUACUUUAGUCUGAACAGAAUUCUUCUACUUAUUCUUGGCCUAUGGCCUUAUAAACAAUCGAAUUUUACUCGAUUUCAAUUUAUUUUAUUGUCUAGUAUUUUGACGACAUACGUUAUAUUUCAGUAUACAAUAUUUAUCUCACACAGAUGUACCCUGACUCUCAUCAUCAAAGUCUUACCUUCUGUAUUUUUCUUUACUCUCUUUGUGAUAAAGUACGACAUGUUCUACGUUAAUAUCAAAAUUAUGAAGAAUUUAUUGGAGCAACUGUUGCAUACAUGCAAUGAAUUAAGUGACGAAAAUGAAAUUGCUAUUAUAAACGAAUAUGGAUGUAAUGGCAAACAUUAUACCGUUGCACUUACAGAUUAUCCAAACAUUUGCUAUCCAGUUUUGAGAUGAUGAUGUUCUGUUUAAUAGCACUUGGAGUAGCCUCGGUGAGCCUUAAUUUGUUUCGAGUAAGUUUUCCGCUUUUUAUCUCAAAUAUAUGCUUUAA